AUGGAAUAACAGGUUUAAUCAAGUUCAAAAAGAAAAAGUUUUUUGAAUUUUAUAUUAAGAAACUUUUUGCCUGAAGAUGAAUCAAAAAUUUGGAUAGAGAAUAAAGAAAAAAAAAAAAAAUUUGGAAUUUAAUAAUUAAGACAGGCUUUAAAUCCUGCAAAUGAAAUAAAGUUUCGUCAAUAUUUGACUCACUAAGUGCCUCUAUUAAUAUUAAAUUCCAGAAUAAGUCCUAGUGUUUAGCCUUUGUAUUUUAAUGAACUUGAUAUUUUGUUAUUAAAUAUGAAAAAAAAAGGUAAUUGUAUAGGAGAUGGAUAUUUUGAAAAGUAAUUUUAAUCUAAAAAGUAAAAAAAAGAAAGACACUACUUAGAAAUAAUUGGAAAAUAAUUAUCUAAGCAUAUAUAAUUUUAAUAAGUUUAAUAAAACCAUCAUUAAUAAUUUGGAAAAAAAUAUUAUGGAAAAUUAAUAAAUUACAUAAUGGAAACAAAUAAUAAUAUCAAUAAUGAAAAAGAUGCUAAAAAUUAUCUAAUAGAAUUUAUAAAUUAAGAGAUAAAAAAUGAUUAAUAAAAAAAAAAUUAUGUUUCAGAAAUAAUCAAUAAUCUAGUCAUAUAAAAAAAAUGA